GCGGGCUGGGCGUGCAGGUGGCUCCUCCUCCGCCUCUCUCAAGCCCGGGCCGCACCAGGCUCGGUGCCCGGCUGCCCAGGGAGUGCCUUUGUGCCCCGUUUGUGGGGGGAGCCUGCGACGGCCACUGCCAGCCCGCGUCCAUUGUUUCACUUUCCUGUCCCUUCGCGGCUGGUGGCAGCAGCUUGGAGAUCCGCACGUGCCAGCGAGGCGGCUGCAGCGCGGGGACCCGCGGGCGCCGGCGGGGCGCCGGCGGGUGCGCGGUGGGAGAUGAAGCUUCUGAAGCCAUGGUGGGCAGCGGGCGGCGGCCUCCUGCACAUCACCUUCCUGCUGAGCUUGACGGGGUUCCCCGUGGACCUCGACCUCUACCUGCUGCUGCCGCCGCCCGCCCCGCUCGGGGAUGAGCUGCUGUGGCUGGGCCGCCCGACGCGCUCGGCACACCCGCUCAGCCCCUUCCCCGCCUCGGGAGAGUGGGGGCGCACAGGGCCGCAGUGCCCCAAGGGCCUGGCGUCGGACCCCGAGGCGCCUCUCGAGCGCCAGUUGCUUCGCAAGGUGCGCGCCCUGGGGGUCCCCUUCAUCCCCCGCACCCGAGUGGACGCGUGGCUGGUGCACGGCGUGGCGGCUGGAGACACGGACGGGGCCCACGGGCUGUUCGGCGCCGCCUCGUCGGCGGGAGGGGUCGGCGCCAGCGUGGACAGCAGCAACCAAGCGGUGCCGGGGGGCGGCGGGGACUCUCGAGAGGCCCUCAGUAGCCCUUUGGCGGCCAUCGAGGAGGAGGAGGAGGUGGAGGCAGCGGCGGAACCGACGGCACAGGUGCCGGACGCGGGUGGACGCGCGGGCCAGGAUACUGAAGUAGUACUAAGACAGCAGAGUGAAGCUGUAGAUCACAAUUCCCAAUGUGAGGAAAGAGUGUCAGCCCAGAAGAGGAAAUCACUCCAGCAGAGUAAUGAAGAUGACAGCAAAAUAGCAGCUAAACCUGACUGGGAGACAGAGAAGACCAAUGAAUCUAGAAAUGAGAGACAUCUAAACUGGACAGAUACAUCUUUCUCUCUGGAAGACUUUUUUCAUCUGCUUUCAUCACAGGCCGAUUAUUCCCUGGAGGAAAUCUCAUUGGAUAUCCCACCUUUACCAGGCAAUAAUAGUGAUGGUAUGAAUUCUUCAGGCUAUGAUCAUAAUGUAAAUUUUAGCCAGGCUGUAAGUCAUGAUGUGAAUCUCCACGAAGCUAUGUUGCUAUGUUCCAACAACACAUUUAUAAGAAAUGUAGCAAGGACAUCACAGGCACCAGAAUCAUUUCUCCAGUUAAAUUCUCAUACCAAUCCUGAGCAAACCCUUUCUGGAAGUAACUUUACAGGACUUUUCCCACUUGCUGACAAUCAAAUGAGGAAUCUAACAAGCCAAGAUCUCCUUUAUGACCUUGAUGAAAAUGUAUUAGCUGAGAUAAACUCAAUGUCGUUGGCCACAGGUUUUGAUCCACUUGAAGUUUCUCAGCUUUGUGAAGAACCAGAUUCUGAUUCUGGUCUUUCAUUAAACUCAAGUCACAAUAGCACAUGUAUUACCAAGUCCAAUUCUUCUCACUCUACAUAUGAAGGUGCUACAGGUUAUAGUAGUGACCUUGAAUUUCAAGAUUUAGGAGCAGUAGGGGGCUGCUACCCAGAACCCAGUAAACGUCGUCACAUGGAUCACAGGAAUGAACACAUACUUCAUAACCAUACUUACCACUUACAGCCAACUGCACCAGAACCCAUGUCUGAAUCUUUCUCAUGGUGUGGGAAGUCACCCAAAGAGAGUAGAUACCUCGACAACAAAGGUAGAAAUCUUAGCCGUGAUGAAAGACGUGCUAAAGCUCUGCAUAUUCCUUUCUCUGUGGAUGAAAUUGUCCGAAUGCCAGUUGACUCUUUCAACAGUAUGUUAAGCAGGCACUACCUCACUGACUUACAAGUCUCACUCAUCCGUGAUAUCAGACGAAGAGGAAAAAACAAAGUUGCUGCUCAAAACUGCCGUAAACGCAAACUGGACAUAAUUUUGAAUCUAGAAGAUGAUGUAAGUAACUUACAAGCAAAGAAGGAAACCCUUAAAAGAGAGAGGACUCAAUGCAACAAAGCUAUUGACAUAAUGAAACAGAAACUACAAGAUCUUUACCAUGAUGUUUUUAGUAGGUUAAGAGAUGACCACGGUAGGCCAGUCAAUCCAAACCAGUACACACUCCAGUGCAGCCAUGAUGGAGCUGUUUUGAUUGUACCGAAAGAACUGGUGAUCCCAGGUCACAAAAAGGAAGCCCAAAAGGGAAAGAGAAAUAGUGAGAGACAUUAAAGGUUGACUCCAUGUUGUGUAAUGUCCAGAAACUUGAUUACUUGGAUCACAAACCACUGAACUGAAACUGAAGAUAAUUUAGGCCUGAGAUGUUCUAACUUGGAAAUUGUAUUUGAAUCACUGAGUUAAGGUUACAGUUGAUGUUUUUCAUUAAAACUUCCCAUUAUACAAAUAUCCCUAAUGGGGUAACUUACCUAUAUGGAUUUCCACUUUGGCAGCAGUUGGCCAAAAACCGAACACUGGAGAAUGGCUUUUAUUUCUUUUCCUUGUGACUUAACAUUUUCAGGGGAACUUGUACAUUUAACUUGAAGAAACUCGUAUGAAAAUAAAAUUUUGCAUUUCAGUUAAACAUCACAUCUUCCUUUUAUACAGAAAUUCAAAGCCAAUUAGCUUGUCUUUAGAUUACCAUUUAACUUAAGUAUCUAGCAAACUGGCAAAUUUAUACAAAGUGAUGAGAUUCACCGGUUCAUGUUAACAUGUGCUAAAUAUAAAG